AAUGAUAGGUAACACAUGUGGGCUAUCUUUUUGUCCAGAAGUGUAAUAUUAGGACACAUAUUAGGCAACAAAAAACAUAGCUGUUGCACGUUUCUGACGAGUCCAAGAUCAUUCGUGAAGCGACUGUCGAAGAAAGCAUACUCCAGAAUGACUUGCAAGAAGCCAGACUUCAAAUACACUCAGUUGUUCAUCAACAACGAGUUUGUGGAUGCUGUGAGUGGUAAAAAGUUUCCCACCAUAAAUCCGGCCACUGGUGCUGUUAUUGUUGAAGUAGCUGAGGGUGACAAGGCUGAUGUGGACAAGGCAGUGUCAGCUGCAAAGAAAGCAUUCCAAAGAGGAUCAGUAUGGAGGAACAUGAAUGCAUCUGCCCGUGCAAAGCUGAUAAAUACGUUUGCAGAUCUUAUUGUACGUGAUGCAGAGAAACUAGCUACCCUUGAAACAUUGGAUACAGGAAAAUCAUACAAGAAUGCUGUUGGUGAAAUGUAUUUCGGUGCAGAGGUGUUGCGUUACCAUGCUGGAUGGUGUGAUAAGAUUACUGGCGAUACCAUUCCAACAGAUGGAAAAUUUGUCACUCUUACAAGAAAAGAACCAGUUGGUGUGGUAGGACAAAUCAUUCCUUGGAAUUAUCCCUUCCUCAUGCUAGUGUGGAAAUGGGCUCCAGCAUUGACCACUGGAUGUACUAUCGUAUUGAAACCAGCCGAACAAUCGCCGCUGUCGGCAUUGUAUGCUGCGGCGCUUGCCAAAGAAGCUGGAUUUCCUCCAGGUGUUGUGAAUGUUAUCACAGGCUAUGGACCGACUGCAGGCGCAGCUAUCUCCGAGCAUCCAGACAUUCGGAAAGUUGCAUUCACUGGAUCCACCGAUAUUGGCCAUCUGAUAAUGCAAGCUGCUGGUCAAUCUAAUCUCAAGCGAGUAAGUCUGGAAUUAGGUGGCAAAAGUCCUUUGGUCGUUUUCGACGACUUUGACGUUAAGGAAGCUGUGGAAAUCGCUCAUGAAGCCGUGUUUGCUAACCACGGACAAAACUGUUGCGCCGGUACCCGUACUUUCGUGCAAGCUAAGAUAUAUGACAAAUUUGUUAGCUAUGCUAAACAAUUAGCAGCCCAGAAGAAACUCGGUGAUCCUUUCGAUCCGACGACCCAACAGGGACCGCAAAUCGAUGAAGAAAUGUUCAACAAAAUCCAGCGUUUGAUUCAAUCUGGAAAGAAAGAAGGUGCAGUGGUGGAAACUGGUGGAGAACGGUAUGGCACAGUUGGAUACUUCAUUAAGCCGACCGUUUUUUCAAACGUGACCGAUGAUAUGACAAUCGCCAAGGAGGAGAUAUUCGGACCUGUGCAGUCCAUUUUGAAAUUCGAAACUUUAGAUGAAGUCAUUGAGCGUGCAAAUAAUACAAGAUACGGUCUUGCUGCUGGUGUGCUCACCAAAGAUAUCGAUAAAGCGCUGACAUUCGCGCAAGCAGUUGAAGCUGGCAGUGUCUGGAUAAACUGUUACGACGCUCUUACGACUCAAACUCCGUUUGGUGGAUUCAAAGAGUCUGGUAUUGGUCGUGAAUUGGGUGCUGAGGGAAUAAAGGAAUACCUGGAACUCAAAACAAUCUCCAUCAAAGUUCCAACACGUGGUUAAGAAAAACAUAUGAACAUUUUAAUACACAGAUGUUUGGCUUUAAAUAAAUAUACAUGAUUCACAAAUAAA